GAAUAUACCAACAAACAAAGUAAAACAUCACUGUUUUUGCUACUUCAAGAAACUCAUCUACGUGAAACUCAAGAUACCUCUUUACUAGGGCGCCGAAUUUCAAUGCUGCAUUUUAUUAUAUGAUGGAUGGCUUUCACAAAUUUGGUCCAUUGGCGGUGCAGCUCUCAUGGUUUAUUCCUAUGAUCAAUAUCAUUCCCACGAUCUCGCGCCAGAUUAUGAACCCUGGGGGAAACAAAUUCGUCGAGUUCAAGCAGGAGCUGCUAACCAAUGUAGAUAAAGCCAGUAGAGCUAGAGCAGUUUCUCAUCAAGAAGAAAAGAAUGCCAAGACAUUGUUCGACGAAAUAAACGCUAGCAAACUUCCCGAAAUCGAAAAACAACGAUCAAGACUUCUUGACGAGGCUCGAAAUAUGGCGAUUUCUGGAACGGAAACAACUUCGUUGGAUUUAAGCAAAAAUCUCUCCCAGAAGUUAACUUUCCACCUGUUGUCCAAUCCGAAUGUUCUGAUUAGACCACGAGCCGAAUUAAAGACAACUCUUCUAGAUCCUUCAACCGAACCGAUUCUCAAAGACAUGGAACAGCUUCCAUAUCUAAGUGCUCUAAUCCAAGAAGUUCUUCGAAUAGCAAUGGGCACAAGCAAUCGACAAACAAGGAACGCACCCGACCAAAUUAUGAAAUUCGACGAUGGAAAGAAAGUCUGGCUUAUUCCCGCAGGUACCAAUGUAGGUAUGACAGCCCCCUUAAUCCACCUCAAGCAAAAAAAAAAAAAUUCCACAACCCUCUCGUCUGCAACCUAGAUCGUUUCAUCGAAGAUCCAAGCCGAAAACGCAAUCUUAUGUCAUUUUCUCACGGUUCAAGACAAUAUCUUGGUAUUCAACUUGCAUAUGCAGAAUUGUAUUUGAUGCUUGCAUCUCUCUGGCGGAGAUUUGGAUGCAGAGAGGAUAAAGGAGACGAGGGUUGAUUGGAACUCUAUCAGACAGAUAAGACGGAUGUUGAGAUGGUCGCUGAUAGAUUUGUUCCCUAUCCUAAGAAGGAGAGCAAGGGUAUUCGUAUUGUGGUUUGGAAAUGAGAAGGGAC